AUGCCUUCGUCUGAAGAAGCCGCCGAGUCCCAAGAUCUAACCAAGACAGCCCACGAUCUCAUACAGCGGGCCGCGACGCUAUGCGAAGAGCUGGAACAUCUGCGCCAUGCCGUCGAGGCACAAGCCAUGAAAGUGAAUAACCACUGGCACGCCUACAUUCCCGGGUUCAGCACCUUCUGGCAAGCCAACAUGAACCAGCAUCACCGCGCCAAGUCUCUGCUACAGCGAUGCCAGGAGCCUGCCGAGCCUGGUUCGGAAACCGAGGGAUCAUUAUUUCGAGAUUUUAGGCUGUUGGAAGGAGAGCUUUCAUCCUAUGAGAAUCACUGGUUGGCGAUUAAGAAGUGCCGCUCAGUCACUUGGUUGCGUUUCGCCGUGCCCUACUCGAAGCAGGGCGCCCCGCACUCUGUUUUUGUCAGUGCCAUUGUCGAGAAUGGGCACGAGUGGAUGCGAGUCCUCAGCACGACCGAAAAGGCUCUUCUGGCUCAGAUGGCCGAGGCAGACUUUCCCUGGGAUGGCCCCGAUGACGAGGAUGAUGAUGUAGAACUAGCAGAGGUUCUCGACGACGACGAAACACAGAUCGAGGUCCUGAAAUGUGCCAAGCAGCUUUUGGCGGCCGCCCGCGAUAUUCAUGGUGGAUACAGACACCGGAUACGCAUUGUACUUCCCAACAUUCGCCGUGGCAGAGUUCCCGCCAUAGACAGAUUCUUCAAAGGCAUUGCAAAUCUGGGCGACGAGGCAAUCUUCCUUGACCUGGAAUGCGCCGAUGAGACCCAGACCUCGCCUCCGCCCCUCGAGAUAGCCAUCUCAAAUCUCCUCAGUCUUGGGAACACUAUAGAUGCGCCACCAUUGACUCCUAUUCUUAAUGUCGACACGUCCAUCUUGGUUGCUUUGACCACGGACAUCUCUCAUAAUCAAAGCUCCCAGAGAAAGUGGCGCCCCAAGAUUCUAGAAGACGUAGUAGACGAGGCGGAGCAUGGUCCCAGGCUCCCUAAAUCUCUGUACCCUGUCCUCCGUGGCCACGCUCUCGUCUGUACACGUGAGGCUGCAGAGACGUGUCUUAGAAUGGUGUACGAUGCUUCUACGGAAUCUGAGGUCGCCAGAGUGGAAAUUCUCUUGGGGCAGGAGACCCCCAGGGGGAAACAAGACGAUAAAAUGGCCUUUCUCGAGCGGGUUCUGAGUCAAGAUGGCUGGCCUUGGGAGGGAAAGGACGACGAAGUAACUGAGGGUCGACGCCGGCGCCUGGUCUCUGAGUUGCAGAAGUUCUCUUGCCACCAAGUGCCAGAUGACUUGCAGCUGCCAAUCCGCAUCAUGGAGGACUUCCGCAGGAAGCAUGUGGAAUGGGAAGUUCAUAAGGGGACGCUGCCCAAGGUAGUCCUUGCGGUCGAGCCAACCCUCAACGACACAAACUGCUCCUCGUUCCUGUUCAGCUGGAAGACAGGCCAUACAACCAUCACUUGCAACCGCCACGCCGUGAGACGGUUGGGUAAUCUCGUCAAGAAGAUGCGGUGGUCUCGAGACGCUGAGACGGCUCCCAUCAUCGCCCUCGACUGGGCGAGGGGGCUGGCCAAGAUCCCGUUUCCUGGAGAGGUUUUGGUGGAUGCUCCGCUGAAGUUGGGUCUGCGAUAA